CGCCCCUAUUUGCAAAAGGUUAGGUGACUCUGGGUUGUUUUGAGAGAUGAGUUGAGUGUAAUGCUUUGCUAGCAUUCGCACCCAAAGUUCCCAUAGAGACAAACGGUCUCCAAAAUGUCGAGGUUACAGGAGCUGUACAGAAGGUAUUUAAGGUCCAGCUAUUAAAUGUGUUGACUGGUACCUUAACACAAAAGGCAUCUGUUAGGACAGGAUGCCAGAGAUGACCGACACUCAAUCGUCUGGUCGUAAAAGCAAGAGGAGGAAAAACAAAGAAACUCACAAUGCAGUUGAGAGACACAGGAAGGAGAAGAUUAAUGCUGGAAUUAACCGCAUUGGUAAUCUUCUGCCAUGCUCCCAGCCAAAUCAGAGUAAGAUCAUGAUCUUGGACCAGGCAUUUCGCUACAUAACUGAGCUGAAGAAGCAAAAUGACACAAUGCUUCUCGAGGGAGGAGAUAAAGUCCAAGCGGAGGAAAUACGUAGACUGCGACGGCAGUUGGAGGAACUUAGAAAGGAGAGCACUAGCUACAUUGAGCUCCUCAAAGCACAUGACAUUAACCAUCUCGAGGACCCCACUAUCCACUGGAAGGGAAAACAGCGCUGCGCUAAGGUGGCAAAGGUAAUGCCUACCCACCAGCUCCCAAAGGGGAUUAUUGUCUAUUCGAAUGGCAAUGUAAUGUGCCCAGCAGGGAUGGAGACUAGCCCAGGAAAACAGCCUUCGGAAACCUUAAUUCUUCAGCCACCAUCAGAGGUUAGUGGCAGGUUAAGGGUUAAUGGAACCCUGCUGCAAGUCAAUACUUCUUCUACCACCCCUGCCCUUCUACCCGGAUCGACUGUCACACCCGCCCAGUCAGUGCCAGGUUUGAGAGUCGUGGAGCAGUGUGUGGUUGAGACACCAGUUGCAGUCCCCUCUGUUUCUUACAUCACACUUCAGAUACCUACUGCCACCACAACCCUGGCACAGCAACCCCAAACUACUACCCCAGUCCAGACCCUCACAUUAGCAGCCACCUCAGCACCACAGCUCCCCAUUGAAAGACCUGCUUCACCCGUGUCCACCUGCCCCACAUUCAUCCAAACAGUAACCAGAACAACAGCCUCAGAGGUUUCCUCUUGUGUUGCCCAGGCCACUACCAUCAAGACUGUAAGUUACAGUGCUAUUCCCAACGGCCAAGCUCUUCUUAGGGCAGGGGCGGCGGGGAGCACGCAGACUACAUGGACAACACUGCAGAUGGCAGGGAACACAGUGCAGCCAGUCUGCCAGAGUCUUACCACACCAGAGCUCAGUAACACCACCCAGGCUGUUCAGCAGGUGACUUUGUGUCCAGUGGGCAACAAACAACACCCAAUUCAAAUACAGCUGCAACCAAAUGUCCCUAUCCAGCAAGCACCUAUCACAGCCCACAUUCAAGCACACCCCUUUCAGAGACCACCCCAGCUACAGCCAGCAAUCCUGAACCAGGCACAGCCUCAACCUGUCUUAGCCCCCCAGCCUCAAUGUACUGUCCUCCCCCAGUCAGUCAUAGUACCACAGUCUGCUGUGGUGGCCCAUCCUGCUGUUGUGACACAGGCCCAGCCUGCCAUACUUAAACCAGGGUCAUUGCUUCCCAGUCCUGCAACAGCCAUCAUCCCUCAGCCUCAGCCCAUCCCUCAGCCAGCCCUGGUACCCCUUCUCCAGACCAUGCAGGUGCUGCAGGUCAAGCCAAAUGGAACAGCCACCUCAGCUGUAACAGCACCACAGAACACUAUCAACCCAAGUGUGGUCAUCCUGCAGCAGCCAAGUUCUUGCCCAGCCCAGUCAGUUGUAAGGGAGGAAAUGGCAAAUCAGACACCCUGUCAGCAUAUUGUAAUCAUACAGGCAUCCAACCAGACUGCACCUGGUCCUCAGAAUUCUCAGGUUGGCAUUUUGCCUGCUGCCAUGCCCUCCGCAAUACCUCCUGUGUCUACUCAUGUAUCCACAACAAGCAGUUCAACAUCUGCUUCAUCUUUACAGAGUGUUGGCGGGAAGCAGCUGGUGCACAUCCUGCCACACCCUGUUCAACCUCAAGCAAACCAACCCCUACAGGUCACCCAGGCAUCAUCUUCUCUGUCAAUGCCUCCAGCACCACAAACUAUCACUGUGAAUGGCCAAGUGUUUGCUUUGCAGCCCAUGAAGACCUCUGACAAAACAAGCUCAAAGGGAAGCCAGAGUACACUCCAGCUGGUACAGCCCACCACCACGGAGGAACCAACUACUAAUGUGGCCCUUAAAAGUUUAGGGGCCCUCAGAAGUCUUAACCAGAGCAUCUCUCAGGGCCCCCCACUUACCAUUUCUAGCCAGAACAAUAGUCAGCCUCAAGCUGCUCAGCUGUCAGCAGUCCAGCAGCAGCAACCUACUGUUUCGGCACCUGUCCCUGUAACAUCAUUGGUUCUACCUGCCCAGCAGCUACAGGUCCCAGUCACAUCAGGGCGGGUGGUUACUGUCUCUAAACCUUCAAAAAAGAGGGUUCGCAUGGCUUCAAAUAUAAAGAGAGCUACAGCUAAAAGGAAUAAACCUGUCAAGGGAAAGGAGCUUGAUCAGGUGCAGCCUGCUGUUGUCGUUUCAGCCAAGCCUACGGCCGCUGCAGGGGAGACGCAGACAGUUCAAAUUCCAGUAUCUCAAUUUGUACAACCUUCUACUGUAAAACUCACAGACAGUCCCACCACUUGCACCACAGCUGUCACUACUGCAGAUGGCAGUGAAAUGACAGGAAAUAUCUCUUCUAUGCAAAACUCUAAGAAAAUCAUUGUCUCGAGUUCGUCUAGUGAGACAGUUGAAUUAGGUCAGUCCCAUUCACAAAGUAAAAGUUUUGUCAGCACAUCUCACAGUGAAGCUGUAUUCAGUCAUACUAACACUGGUGCUAUGGCAACUACAGUAACAACUGUAAAUGCCACAUCAGUGACGCCAUCAGUUAGUGCAGCUGUGGUCACAGAGAGUAAAUCAUCUGUAGUUUCUGACAAGUCAACUGUAACCAAAGUCUCAGUUGCAGAGGUUAAACAUCCAACCACCAGUACAGCAACUAGCACAACACAAAGCAAGUCAGCUUCUGCCACUACUGCUGUGUCAAGACAGAGCAGAUCUGUGGUCAGCUCUGCAGGUGCCACUGAGGCAGGGUACACCUCCAUCACAGUUUGCACUGCAAGUUUAUCUCCAGUUUGCACCACAAGUAUUACAACAACUGCACCCGUAUCUUUAAAUCAGGCCACCCAACCAACCACAAUGUGUCCUCCCCAGGGAUUGAAUACCCAAGCUCUCAUAUCCUGUUGUAAACCUCAGUCUCAGCCCACCACUUCAUCCCCUGUGGCACUGUCGUCACCUGCAACACAAUUUUCUGCAACCCAAAACUCCACUACAGCUCACUUAACAAGUUCAGAGUUUAGGAAAAGGAUCAGUGCCAGCAGAGCGCCAUCGCAACAGAGCAACACAAACAUGCCCAAUCCCUCCCCCUGCCAUCCUGUUGAGGUUAAACUGCAACAGGCCCCCAAAAGAGACAGAGAAACUCAGGAAGCGAAACACUCCAUAGUGGUGGAGAAAGAAGGCUUGGUGGCAGACACAUCUUCAAGAAAGGACUUUGCCCUCCCACAACAGGUAUAUACUAACCUUGACGAUCAAACUUUGGAGCACCCCAUGACAUCUAGCAGACAGGCAGAUUCUCCCACAUCAACAGGGGCUGGAGGAGGCAGAGGCUUCUCUGUGGCAUCCAUGCUUCCUCCGGGCCACAAUAUUAGUGCAUCGUCUGGCUCUUUUGGAACAUUUACAUUCACAUCUGAACAGGCAGAGAUGCUGGCUUUGGCCAUGCUAGAACAGGACAGCCCUGGGAGGAGGAGCGGAGGGUGCACUGGAGAUGGCACUUCUUUAUCAAACCCUUCAACAUCCUCAUGGGAGUCGUCUAAAACUCCACCAGUGUCUAGCAACAAAGAAAGAGGCUCAGCUGGCCAGCAGGCUAAAGUUGCUAAGCCCAUGGAUACAGUUGCAAUCCAGGUGUCUGUCAGAAGACCAGUUGGGGAGGCGGGGUCUGUCAGUGGUCCUAAUGCAAGCAGACAUCAACAAAACAUCUCAUACUCCCAGUCUCAGUCCCUCCCUCAGGUCCAGCCUCAGAGCUCAUCUCAGAGUGGCACAGUAGCAAGUCUCAGUGUCAACAACCUGAUAAGACCCAGCUCCAGUCAGCAGCAGUACCCGGGCUCUCCCAGUCUGGUUGGCCAACAGGGUUCGGUUCCAUCACCUGUGGGAACCUCAGCCCACAUAUCUCAACCUUCAAACAACACCCUGUCACCCUGCUCAGGUGCUGCUCAGCCCAAUGAAUACACACCACUGAAGUCUGCAUUAAUGAGGGCUCAGGCAGGAGUUGGUGUAGGUGAACGACAAGUGAAGAUUAUCUCCAAAAGGCAGGCCCAGGAGGCAGUGAUGGUUAACACUGGAAAACGAGCCAAGCCUUGUCCUCCAUCAGCUGCCCCAGUUAGCCACAUGGAUGUGAAAGUUCCCGAUCACAGCCAGAUGAUGGUUGGACAGCUGCUGCCCACCUCCUCUGGUGUCAUGACAAGGCUUAAUCCAGAAAGUGGAGGACCCCUCUUCUCCACAAACUCUUUCAUGAGCCCAGUAGUGCGGCCCACAGAUGGCCACUGUCCUCCUCAAGGACCUCCUGAGCAGAAUCAGCCAGGCGUGCUUCAUCUGCCUCAGGGUCAUCCACAGCAUUCUGCCUCCCAGCCUGGCCAACAUCUGGGUGGGAACCUCUACAUGAAACAGCAGCAGCAAGAGCAGCAGAGACACCAUCUGUAUCAUUUGCAACACCACCUGACACACCCUGACCCUGCACAACGCCACUCACUACACCAGAGGGCGCUUCAGCAGCAGCAGCAGCAGCAGCAAGAGCAGCAGCAGCAUGUCCAGAAGAAGCGGGGACUUGUCAGGGGCAAUCAAACUGGUUCACCUGCAGGCCUCCAACAGAAGCCACAUCAUCUAGAUAAAUCUGGAAUUCAGCAGCAGCAGCAGCAACAGCAGCACUCCCAUCAACAGCAACAAACGCAACAUCAGCAGCACACGCAGCAGCAGCAGCCGUCACAGCAGCAUCCACAGCAGUCACACCAACAAUCACAGCAGCAUCAACAGCCAUCACAACACCAACAGUCUCAUCCCCAACAGCACCAACAGCAGACACUUCAACCACAGACGCAGCAUCAACAGCACCAACAGCAGCAGCAGCAGUUACAGCAGCAGCAGCAGCAGCAGCAGAGCUCCCAUGCCAGACACCAGCAGCAUCUUCAGCAGCAGAUCCAGCAGCAACAGCACUUUAGACACCAGGAGAAGAGCUGUGAAGCCCAGACAGCAGGAUCCAGGGCCCACCACAGCAAUCACCUGGCUCAGCAGGAGCACCUCAAGACUGGUCAGGACCACGGUGCGAUGCAGAGGAUGAUGGGCUCGAGGACACUGGAGCAACAGCUCAUCUCUCCUCCCAGCAAUCCCGUGUCCCGUUCGUCCGACCUGGCGUGCGCACCGUCGCGCCAGGAGCGCCAUCGCGUUUCCAAUUACUCUGCGGAGGCGCUCAUCGGGAAAAGCUCCAGCAGUGGUGAACAGCAGCAGCGCAUGGGUCUUCACCUUCAGCCCGGCCACGGUGCCACCCAGGAGCAGCAGGAGCUCUGUGGUUACCUGGACACAUCGCGAGGGAAGGCUAAUAUCGCUCACAACCCACAGACCCGCCUGCCUUCAGAUCACCCGGGGUCAGCUGAUGUUCAGCGGGUCUCAGAGUGUCCACCCUUCAAGCCUAUGGGCGGAGGAGCUCAUCAGCUCAGUGGUUUUGAGGUCCAGGUAUCACGUGGGAGUGACAUGGCACCAAAGUCAGUGCCUUCAUCUCAGAGAGGCCCUCAGGGGCAGCAGCAGGGGGGGUUCAGGAUGAACGUGGGUCCUCCAGCAGACGGCAGAAAUCGUGGUGGCUACAGUGGAGCCCAUCCUGGUUCACAAGGACUACAGGUGGGCCCGCCAUUGCCCCGGGAACAAGAAGGUUGUCACCAAGGUUUCAUGCAAAGCCUUCUUUCUCCCCACCUUCCUGAGCAGAGCAACCACCAGCGAGCGGUGCAGUGCUGUCCAUCGGUCAGCAUGGAGUACAGCUGCGUGCCUGGAAGCUCUUCAAUUGACCUACAGGCCAAAACCUCCAGCCCCAGUGUUCCACCCACGCAGAAGGCUCCGGCUAUGCGGCUCGGGGAGGGCAACAAGGGCCAUAUUUCUCAGGUUAGCAGUAACAUGCAUGGAGGCCCAGUCAUGCGAGCAGGUCUCCCCCACCCUCCAACCCCGCACAGCAGCUCUGAGCCAGGCCGCUCCUCUGCCCCCUCCAGACCACCGACUGCUGUCAGCCAGCACUCUCGCCACAUCGGCCGGGACACUCAGCCCACCAAGCUGAGGCCUGGAGACCGGCCGCGGUCUGGUGCUCUGAGACCAAGCAACCCUUUCGAGUCUGAGGGCCACUUGCCUCUGCCCUCUGGAGGAGGGGUGCUGCUGAGCCGCCCGCAGUCUGGGGGCGAGGCACGACGCAGCACCAUUGUUCGCUUUAUGGCAGAAGGUGCUCAGGUACCGAGUGAAAACAACCUGGUUUCUGAACAACACAUAACACAGAACUUUGGGUUUCCUUUUAUCCCCGAAGGAGGAAUGAAUCCUCCGCCUCCCAUCAAUGCUAACUCCACAUUCAUCCCUCCUGUGAGCCAGUCCAACACCUCCCGUACACCCUCCCUUCUGCCCGUGGAACCCCAGAACACUUUACCCUCCUUCUACCCCUCCUAUUCUCCAGCGGCCCACCCCAGCCUUCCCAGCGACGUCACCCUUCAAUACUUUCCCAACCAAAUGUUUACCAGCCCAAGUGCCGACAAAGGCAGCGCUCCUCCUCCUCUCAACAACCGCUUUGGCUCCAUCCUUUCCCCGCCGCGCCCUGUGGGUUUUGGUCAGGCUAGCUUCUCCCUGCUCCCAGAUAUGCCCCCGAUGCCUAUUGCCAACACAUCGGGAAUCACCCCUCACAUAUCCAACUUCAGCCUCACGUCCCUGUUCCCCGAAAUCGCCACCGGCAUGCCCACUGACGGCUCAGCGAUGCCCAUGUCUCCCCUGCUGUCGCUCUCCAACACCUCGUCUGCCGACUCGAGCAAGCAGCCCAUUCGUCCUGCCCACAACAUCAGCCACAUUCUGGGCCACGACGGCAGCUCGGCUGUGUGAGCAGAGCGCCCUCAGCUUAUUAAUGAAUUAAUGUUCUUUUAAGCCGGGUGUGAAACCCUGCACGUCACGUCACAGACAGUUUCUAGGUUGAUAUCACACUUCAAGCCCACGUGGGGGGUAAUUUUGGUCAUUUACAUGUUCAUAUGAUUUCAAUCAAGUAUUUUCUCUUUGUACAUUUGAGGUUAUAAUUUGUAAUAUUUAGAUUUUUAUGGUUUGAAAUGUUGGUCAAACCCACCAGUGUAGUAAAACAAACAUGUAGGAGGUUUAGCUCUUGAAUUCAGUGUUUUCUGGGUCAUGGAGAGAACCCUCUGCACACUCACAGAUGUAAUUUACUAACUUAUAUCAGGUUAGAUUGUACAGAAUCUGUUUGUUUUUCCCCAAGAGAUAUUUUGUAAAUACCAGUGUUUCAUAUCAGAAUUGCUAGAUUAUGUAUGUAUUUGUAAAUACAAAAAAAUAUUAAUAAAGUUUAUAAGAAGACUUGG